UGCAGCAACGCGGGUCCGGCCAGGGGGCGCCUCGCGCGGCAGCGGCUCGCGAGGGCGAUGCAGUGAGACAGGACCCGCGGGCGGGCAGGCUCGCGCGGGGCUGGGGCCGCGGCCGCGCUGCAGAGAUGUGACUUGAGGCCGAGAACCAGCAGGAGCGUCGGCGCUGCGAGGCCGCGGGGGUCGAGAGAAAGAUGAAAACCCACCAGGUUCUCGCCUUCCUCCUACUCUUCAUGAUCGCCUCCGGGGCUUCUGAGAACGCCAGCACGUCCCGGGGCUGUGGACUGGAUCUCCUCCCUCAGUACGUGUCCCUCUGCGACCUGGACACCAUCUGGGGCAUCGUGGUGGAGGCGGUGGCUGGGGCGGGCGCCCUGAUCACGCUGCUCCUGAUGCUCAUCCUGCUGGUGCGGCUGCCAUUUAUCAAGGACAAGGAGAAGAAGGACCCCGUGGGCCUCCACUUCCUCUUCCUCCUGGGGACCCUGGGCCUCUUCGGGCUGACGUUCGCCUUCAUCAUCCGGGAGGACGAGACUAUCUGCGCCGUCCGCCGGUUCCUCUGGGGAGUCCUCUUCGCGCUCUGCUUCUCCUGCCUGCUGAGCCAGGCAUGGCGCGUGCGGAGGCUGGUGCGCCACGGCAAGAGCCCCUCGGGCUGGCAGCUGGUGGGCGUGGCGCUGUGCCUGAUGCUCGUGCAGGUCAUCAUCGCCAUCGAGUGGCUGGUGCUCACCGUGCUGCGCGACGCCAAGCCAGCCUGCGCCUACGAGCCCAUGGACUUCGUAAUGGCCCUCAUCUACGACAUGGUACUGCUCGUGGCCGCCCUGGGGCUGGCGCUCUUCACGCUGUGCGGCAAGUUCAGGAAGUGGAAGCAGAACGGGGCCUGCGUCCUGGUCACGGCAUUCCUCUCCGUGCUCAUCUGGGUGGCCUGGAUGACCAUGUACCUCUUUGGCAACGCCGAGCUGCGGCAGGCAGAUGCCUGGGGCGACCCCACCUUGGCCAUCACCCUGGUGGCCAGCGGCUGGGUCUUCGUCAUCUUCCACGCCAUCCCGGAGAUCCACUGCACCAUUCUGCCAGCCCCGCAGGAGAACACGCCCAACUACUUCGACACCUCGCAGCCCAGGAUGCGGGAGACGGCGUUUGAGGAGGACGUGCCGCUGCCACGCACCUACAUGGAGAACAAGGCCUUCUCCAUGGACGAACACAAUGCAGCUCUCCGAACAGCGGGAUUUCGCAAUGGCAGCUUGGGAAACAGACCGAGCGCUCCGUUUAGAAGCAAUGUCUAUCAGCCCACUGAGAUGGCCGUUGUGCUCAAUGGAGGGACUAUACCAACUGCUCCGCCAAGUUACACUGGAAGACACCUCUGGUGAAAGACUUUAAGUUCCAGAGAAUAAGAAUCUCUCUUACCGAUUUUAUUCCCUGGCUGUGUCUUUCUUGAGGGAGAAAUCAGUAAUAGUAGCCGAACAAGGCUGCCUCACAGCCAGGAGAUCUAGAAAUCCUACACAAGGGGAUUUCGUGUAAAUGUGAACACUGCUGAACCGAAAAGCUAACACCGACUGCCCUCCCGUCCCCUGCCAACGACACACACACGCACACACACACACACGUAAUACCAAACCAACCUCAAUCCCUGCAAACUAAAGCAAAGCUAAUUGCAAAUAGUAUAGGCUCACUCGAAAAUGUGGCUGGGAAGACUGUUUCAUCCUCUGGGGGUAGAACAGAACCAAAUUCACAGCCGGUGGGCCUGGCUGGUGUUGGUUGAUUGUGGGGGGUCCCCACACCAUUGCCCCUCCCCAGCACGUGCUGGACCCCAGGUGGCCUUUUGGAGAUGCCUGUUUCAUUGGGAGGACUAAUGGGGACUUUUCCACCAGCUUGCCUGUUGGUUUGCACAUUUCAGGGGGCUCAGGAGCAGUUAAGGAGUGGUGGGUGUGAUUCCAAGGUGAGGCCCAGCCGCAUCACAGGAUGAGCUGUUACAGCCAGUAGUUGGGGGAGGGACCCCGGCAUGUGCCAACGAAGAGAAGGCUCUCUGGGAGGUGAAGUGACCGUCACAUUUAGAAAGUGGUGACCCACCACUGUUCCCUCUGUGGGCCUCCUGCUGCAGGGCUACAGCAGAAAAGCAGGCCUGCCUCCCUCCGUGGUGGAGCCAGAGCGAUAUUCCUGCUUGGGGCAACAGUCUCUUUCCCUUGAUGAGCUCUCCCUCGACCUGCUCUUGCUGUGCUCCCCAACCCCGAGCCCUUUCCCAGUUUUAGUCCCAUGUUCAUUUCCAAAGCUCAGAUGGGCCAUCAGCUGACAGCAACCCCCGCCCCACCGGGUUGGCAGGCCAGAAGGCAGGUGCCAUAGCGAUUCUCCACGAUGAUGUCACGUGGCAGGGCGUCCCAGGGGAGAGAGCACACGCUGCUGCCUAGCAUGUGAGUUCCUGGGUGUUGGGACGCGGACGGAGUGCAAGUUCCAGGGACGGGUGGAGCGCUCCGGGGAUUCUUGCUGCUUUUGGAGGGUAUGUGGGACAUGUUUUGACAUGGUUUUCUGUAAGUUCCAUGAAAAUGGCUCUCUUCAAAGCCCAUCGUUUCUGUCAUGGUUUCCAUCUGUCCUAAGCAAGUCAUUCCUUUGUUAUUUGGCAUUUCGAACAUCUCGGCCAUUCAAAAGCCCCAUGUUCUCUGCACUGUUUGGCCAGCAUAAUCACUAGCAGUGGGGGAUGCCAAGAGUUUUAACUUGACGGCAUGAAAUGUAUAAAUGAGGGUGAGCCCUUUGGCAUAUACUCUAAUGACUAUAUUGCUUUUUCUAUAAAACAACCCAUAAGCCUUUAACCUUUAAAGAAAAUGAAAAAGGUUAGUGUUUGGGGGUGGGGGGAACUGACCUCUUCAUAAACCAGUAUGUCUGAGCUGUUUUAAUAAACCUUCUGAUUUUUCUCAAGG